GCCCCAGGGGCUCCCAUGGCCGCCAUCCCACUCUCCUCCCUCCCUGGAGCCCCUCAAGGACAGGGCCAAGUCUUCUUCGCCUGUGGCAGCCCCAGUUUAGAAAGUGUCUGUUGGUGCAGGGUGAAUGCCAGCAUUCAGGAGGCUGAGGCAGGAGGAUCGCUGCGAGUUCGAGGCCAGCCUGGGCUACACAGCGUCUGCGGUGUGGCUGUGGGGUACCCCCUGGACACAGUGAAGGUCAGGAUCCAGACGGAGCCCAGGUAUACCGGCCUCUGGCACUGUGUCCGGGACACGUACCGCCGGGAGCGGGUGUGGGGCUUCUACCGCGGCCUCUUGCUGCCUGUGUGCACUGUGUCACUGGUCUCCUCUGUGUCCUUCGGCACCUACCGCCACUGCCUGGAGCACAUCUGCCGCUUCCGGUAUGGCAGCACGGACGCCAAGCCCGCCAAGGUGGACAUCACGCUGUCAGGAUGCACCUCCGGCCUCGUCCGUGUGUUCCUGACAUCGCCCACUGAGGUGGCCAAGGUGCGGCUGCAGACGCAGACUCAGAUGCAGCCGUGGCGCCCCUCGGCUUCGUGGCCCACGGCCGCCCCUCCUGUGUGUCCUGUGUCCCCUGUGUGUCCCGAUCCCGGGCCCAAAUACCGCGGGCCACUGCACUGCCUGGUCACGGUGGCCCGUGAGGAGGGGCUUCGGGGCCUCUACAAGGGCAGCUCCGCCCUGCUCUUGCGGGAGGGCCACUCCUUCGCCACCUACUUCCUCUCCUACGCCAUCCUCUGCGAGUGGCUCACGGCCCCUGGCCACAGCCAGCCAGACGUGACGGGUGUGCUGGUGGCUGGCGGCUGUGCAGGGGUCCUGGCCUGGGCCGUGGCCACCCCCAUGGACGUGAUCAAGUCGCGCCUGCAGGCGGACGGGCGGGGCCCACAGCGCUACCGGGGCCUCCUGCACUGUGUGGUGAGCAGUGUGCGCGAGGAGGGCCCGAGGGUGCUGUUCAAGGGGCUGGUGCUCAACUGCUGCCGCGCCUUCCCUGUCAACAUGGUGGUCUUCGUGGCCUAUGAGGCCGUGCUGCGGCUCACCGGAGGCCUGUGAACCUAGGGGCUGACCCUGGGGGUCCCUCCCAGAGGCCACAGCCGGGAAGCCAGGGGGUGGCCACCCCACAGGGCCAUGCCCAGGGCAGCGGGGCGCUCAGCUGAGGCCCCGACCACAGGAAGUCAAGGCUGCCCCUCCUCAGCCCCGGGUGGCCAGGGGUCCUCAGGGAGGAGCGCCUCUCUGGUGAGGGUGCAGUGGAAGUGACUGUCAUUCGGCCAUUUGUUCAUGCCUGCUCCCACCGACCCUGCCCUUCAACCCAGGCUCAGCCUCUGCGGCCUUCAAGACUGUGGCCGAGGCAGCCUCACUGGUCUCUGCCAGUCUGGGGACUGCAGUGGUGAGGCUGCGCACUGGGCUCCGGGCUGGCUUGUCCCCUGCCUGGCCCAGGCUGCCCUGACUGUCCUGCAGGGACAGUUGUGCCCCCUGGACUGGGGCUGACACCCGGCCCUGCCUGGGACCAUUACACUGCCAUACACGCGGUGUCUGCCGGGUGAGCCUCAGGCUGUGCUCAAUAAAAACGUUUCCCAGGA